CAGAGCACAGUCUUUCUAUGUUCUGUGCUAUCAAGAUUUAGCUAAUUUCCAUUUUCAUUGGCACUUAUUCGGUUGGCGACAACAGCCAGUUUGAGAAGAUAGAAGAUUCAAUUUUGCACAGCUAUUUGUUAAAUUAAAGGCAAUGCUACGAACAAACAACAGAAUUCUUUCUACAGAGCAACUCAAGUCGUUUUCACGACUUGCUGCGUAUGAAUGCAAAAUACCUAAAACCAGAAAACCUUCGAGAGAGCUUCUCAAGAAGUAUGGCGUUGCACAGAAAACAGUCUCUCCAUGUGAGCAUUUCUUCAUACCGCCACAGGAAACCCUUCUAUCAUGGAAACAUCAGCUUCAGCGUGCGAGGAAUCUUUCCAUUGGAUAUUUCUAUAUUGAAAGUGACUAUGGUUUGUACAAUGUAGGGGUAACCAAUGCUGCUGAGCAACUGCACAGGGCCAGAGAAAUUCGCAAAUUUGUGAAAGAAGAGCUCGACUGGUUUUCUGAGACUUCGCUCCUUCCAAGUGCUGUUGACUUUGUGCCAUCACGAGCAACUUUAAAUAGCUUCAGGUCAUUGAUACACAACCAUCCUUACAGUAAGGAAAUUGCACGCUUACAAAUGACCCCAUCAGAGCUGGCUCAGGUAUGUGGGAAAAGACUGCUAUCUGGCGAUCAUAUUCGCUGGCUUGUUAGCAAGCUAAAUAUGCAGCAGGACGAAAUGUACUGUGUCUAUGCAAACUCAGUUUUGAAUGUAGAAGCCCAUGUCAACAGAUAUCUUCAGGGGAAAUCCGCACCGAAAAGAAUCGGGGUCGUAUUCAAUAUCUUCAAAGAACGAUCAGUUGAGCAUGGAACUGAAAAAUGGGAUGUCGCAAUAACGAGAGGUUUUGGAAACACUGGAUCACACUUUGCCAUAGCCAUACUAGACAAGGAAAACAAUGAAUUAGCAUAUGGAGAUUCACUCGGAUGGUCACCUCCAAAGCAGCUCAUGUCUGAAAUGAGGAAGUUUUACGAGGCAGUCUUCAAAGAAAGUAUGCCUGACAUUCAGAUUAAAGAAUUUCACGACUCUUCACAUUCACAACAUGGUCAUCGAUGCUCCACGAGGUGCUCGUUGCAUUUCCCACUCCAGAAAGAUGGUAAUAUUUGUGGCGUGGUGGCAGCUGUGAUGCUGGCUAUGUCAUGUUUGCUCCCAGAAUUUUUCCAGUUUGUCUUCAGCUGUAAAAGGAAACAAGAAGAUACGGAAUCAAAGCUGUUCUUUUCUAAUCCAACAAAGUAUGACAAGUACCUCCGCCAGGUUUUGGCAGCAUGGCUUGCAGAGGACUGUGUUUCGAUGAAAUAUCUUGUUUCAUCAGAUGUUUUGACGGGCAAAUUGCCCUGCAAUCCAACGGAUACAAUGGAGGAACAAGAAGAACAAAGUGACAUCAUUCUGGUUGAAUUUGACGCCCAAACUGCUUCUUUGGACACAGGACUUCAAGGAAUUCCUCAUGCGUCAACAGAAACGAGUAACCAAUCGUCUUUCCUACCAAUGGCGAAUGAUCUACCCGCAGCUGCAAUUAAGUCAAGUUUACCUGCGAGUAAAAAAGAAGAAUCAAAAAGUGUCAAUUCCCAAGCCAAAAUAGAAUGUACACAUUGUAUGUUUUCAACAAACAGGCGGGGUAACCUUAAAAGACAUGUGUACAGGAAACAUGGAGAAGAAGCAGUCAGAUCGGUUGAGAAUGGUGCCUGCCUUUGCUUAGAGUGUGGACAUAGAUAUUUUCUGAUAAAAGAUCUUCGUACACACUUAACAGAAAAACAUGGCUACGUUUUCAGAAUAACAACGAAAGAGUUUCAGUCACUCGAAGAAUUCCAUGAGUGGAAAGCCGAAAAAGAAGAAGAGGAACAAACAUCGUUCAGAGCAUACGGACGUACAAAGAACAAGCUAGGCCAGACGGUCGAAUACUUCCAGUGUAAUCGUUCUGGAGUUUUCAAAUCUCGAGUCGACAAGGAGAAGAGGCGCAGACAUUCAAAGGCAGGAGGUUCUUGUAGAAUGGACAGAAACUGCACCUGUACGAUGAGAGUUACCGAAGAUCCAUCAAAACGCAUAUUUGUUGAGUUCUGCUUAUCCCACUAUGGUCAUCAGAGAUCUUUGCAGUACCUUUGGCUGUCAAAGAAAAAGAAAGAAGAAAUCGCAGCAAAAUUGAAGCAAGGAGUUUCGAAAGAAAAGGUGUUGGAUGCGAUCCGGGAAAACAUUGGUGCAAUUUUUUCUAGGGAUCAUUUAAUCGACAAACAGGAUUUGGCAAACAUUAGAAGAGCAUUUGGAAUCGAUGAAGUGGAGCGGCAUCCAAACGACAUGACGAGUGUAUUAUCUUGGAUACAAGAAUGGCAGAGCAGUGAUAAAAACCCCAUCCUCUAUUAUAAAUUGCAAGGUGAUGCUGAUCCACAAGGAAAUCUAGCAGAAGAAGACUUUGCAAUAGUCAUUCAAACGGAAUUCCAACAACAUCAAAUGAGGAAGUUCGCAGGCAAAGGAAUAUGCUGCGACUCAACUCACGGGACAACUGGUUACGAUUUCAAGCUAACAUCAUUAUUAAUUGUUGAUGAAUAUGGCGAGGGAUUUCCAGUUGCUUGGUGCCUUUCAAACCGAGAAGACUUCUGUACCAUGAAGACAUUCUGCGAGCAAGUUAAACAGAAGACAGGCAAUUUGGCUCCUACCUGGUUCAUGUCUGACAUAGCACCCCAGUUUUACGAAGCAUUUAGCACAGUUUAUCAGUGCACACCUCGGCAACUGUAUUGCACUUGGCAUGUUGAUAAAGCAUGGCAAGAGCAACUUCGUAGCAAAAUAAAAGAUUUUGAGAUUGAGUCUCAAGUUUAUACACAACUCAGGAUUGUGCUGGAGCAAACAGAUGAAAGAAAAUUUCACAACUACCUCUAUCUUCUCUGUGAACGCCUGCACAAUUCAACUGCAACAAAGGAAUUUGGAGAUUAUUUUGAUAGCCAUUGGGUACCUUAUGCCAGUCGUUGGGGCUACUUCUUUCGCUGUGGCCUUGGAAUCAACACCAACAUGUUUUGUGAGGCUUUUCACAGGGUAUUCAAAUAUAAUUAUCUUAAAGGAAAACAAAACAGAAGAGUUGAUAAAUGCCUUGUAAACCUAAUGAAAUACAGCCGAGACAAGAAUUUUGAAAGAAUCAUAAAGCUGACUAAGGGAAAGGUGACACAGCGACUAAAGAUGAUCCAGGAACGUCAUCAAACAAGUCUCCACCUUAGCUUUGCAAACAUAACAACAGAUUCUGAUACCGAGUGGCAUGUCAGUUCUGAAACUGAAGGGCGAACAUACAAUGUCAGACUUACAGACCAGGUAUGUUCAGAUUCCACAUGUGCACUUCAGUGUGUUGAGUGUAAAGUAUGCAUCCACACAUACUCAUGUACAUGCAUUGAUUUUCUGCUUUAUUGCACAAUAUGCAAGCAUAUUCAUUUAGUACAACGCCAGAGGCAACGUCUGGGAACAACAAGCCAAUCAGAGGAAGCAUUGGAAAGCAGAACAGCAGCCAAAUAUGCAGAUGAUGUUGAAGAAUUAAUGGAGCUGACUCAAAUGGUUCAAAAAGAGUCAUGGGUCCACUACGAGGAAUUAAAGGAAAGAGCCAAAGACUUGCUAAAUUCAAUAAUUGGAACUGUUGAGGAUAGUGACUAUAGACAUACAGAGGCCAUCCAGCAUCUGAUAAGGGGUGGAAUUGCACUAAAAAACACCUUCAAUUCCAUGAAGAAAGUAUCCAAUGUGGUGCAGCUUGAGCCAAAAAUCAAAGCAAACAACAAAAAUAUUGAGAAGCAACGAAAAUUCUUUGCAACAACGAAGAGGAGAAAAAAGGGAAACAUCCGCUUUGCAAAACCCACUGAUGAUGACAAAGAAAAGUUUGAGACAAACGAGGGAUUCACAGUGGCAAUUUCAGAAAAAAUUGAUGACAAGAGCACUGGACAGCAAAACAAUAGAACUGACACCAUAAAAGUUUCAAAGAGUUUGUUAAAGACGCUGGGAGUCAGAAAAACCACACUGGCUGGAAAAUCAAUUGAUAGAAAAAUUGAUGUUGGUGACAUUGUGUCAACUGAUGAUUUUCCGCACCCAUCACUUGUCAACUUCAACAUUGAAUCUAUAAGACCGAUGUUUACUGAGGAAGCAUGGGAAAAGGUGGAAAUAAUGUGUGAAAAACUGAAUAAAGAAUGGACAUGUUCUGUCUGCAACACGCCACAGUAUGCUGAAAUGAUUAUGUGUGAUCUCUGUGAAGCAUGGUAUCAUUGGAAAUGUUUUGGGAUUUCAAAACAGAUAAUUGGAGCCUGGUACUGUGGGUGUGCAAAAGAAGAUAGCAGCCCCAACUGACAUUUUGAAAUGGUUACUGAUACGUUUAUAAUUUUUUUCCACCGGUUAUCAUUAAAUAAGA